UUAUAUUUCUCAACCCCUAUAACUAGCCCCUUGGGGUCUAUUUAUAGGAAAAAAUGUGGAUUUGGGCUCCUAGUCUUGGGCUUAGGAGGCCUAUUACAAUAAUGAUGCCUUCUUUGGGCGGAAUAGGGCCACUAAUGGGCUGAGUACAACACUUAGUAAAUAAAGUAGAGAGAAGCAUUCUGCGAGGACGAAGUCGGGCCGAUGCGAUACUUUCUGGCCGAUGCGGUCCCUGGCCGACGCAUCCCAUAGGCCGACGCGGACCACUUAUGCUCCUGACAGUGCUUUGGGCUGAUCCGGUUCUGGUCGUUGCGGGCCCCCAUCAGGACGUGGCGUGCCGCGUGGAUGCUCUACUGACGUAUUUGACCUUUAGAGUAUGUGGGUCAUGGGGUCUAGUGCAACCCCUGGUGAUGAUGAUGAUGAUGAGGAUGAUGAGGAUGAUGAUGAUGAUGACGACGAUGAUGAUGAGGAUGAUGAUGAUGAUGAUGACGACGACGAUGAUGAUGAUGAUGAUGAUGGAUGAUGGCUUUUGGCCGAAGAUGGCAGGAUCUUACGAGCAGGCCGAUGGCCCCCGGCUGGGUGUUCCUGCUGAAGCCGAAGGUUUCACCAUGGACCGUAUGUCGUUUAUGGCAAGGGCUGUAAAGAAGGCCGAAGCGGAGCUUAAGGCCGCCCAAGCCGCUGAGGAGGCGAAGAAGUCGGCCAGCGGUUCCCAGGGUGGAGGUGAGGCUGUCAAGAAGCCCGUUGCUAAAAAGAAGAAUAACAGGGGGGCCGACGAGGGCCAAAAGACUCUGACUGAGGCAGGCCUGAAGUCGAGCCAGGUUUCCAAGAAGCUGAAGAAGACUUCUGCAGGCGAAGAGGCCGGUGCCCCCUCAUUCCAAGCCGAUGUUGUUGUCAAGACGGUAGAUGUCCCUCCUCUGACGGAUCUGGUCGUUGGGUCACCGUCGCCUGUGAUUGUUAUGGCUUCCCGUGAUGUUCCAGCCACGGCCGCUAAUGCCCGUCUUGAGGAGGCUCUGGCCAAAGGUUCGUACGAAGUCACUGUACGAUAUCCUGUGAAGGGCGGGCUCUUCAACGAGAUCGUCAGUGGUGACGAUGUGCUCGCCCAAGCCAUCCCCGACUACGAUCGGCAGUACCUCCAACGCCAGGGCAAUCAUGUCCGGCUGUACGAUGGAGGAAUUGACUACGUCGUCCAGGGUGCCUUGAUGCUGCGGGAGCAGCACUGGAGGCAAAAUGCCGAGAUAGAGCGGCUAAAGAAAGUGGAGGCUAAGGCCGUCUCGGCCGAUGAGGGCCUCCAAGACAUGAGAGAUAAGGCUAAGGCCGCGGAGGAAGAAAAGAAGCUUCUCCAACGCCAGCUUAAUGAUGCCGAGGCGGGCCGAAAGAAAGCUGUAAAGGCUGCUGCUGAUGUCGUUGUGAAGAGAGCCGAGGAGGCGGAGAGGCUUAAGGUCGAGGCCGAGAGGGCUGUUGAGAAGGCCGUGGAUGACUUCACGGCCGAUGGGUGGAAAGCCGACGACUAGCUCCCCUUUUGUUAUAAGGUGGUGGCUGAGAGGCUUAAGGACUGGACGACAAAGGAUCCCGUCAGCGAGAACUUCUGGAUGGACGAGAUGCAGGCCUUCUAUAACCGUGGUUAGUACCGAAUGCAAAAGUUGAUCUACAGGCGGCUUCAUCGUCGUUUCCACAAGAUGAGGCCACAGGGCCUUGGCUUGCCUCCCUGGAUGAAGAAUCCGGAUGAAGAGAUGAAGUUGCCCUUGGCCGACAGGCAGCCUCCCAUCCUUAGUUCUGAUGAGGAAGAUGAGCCUUGGAGUGACAAUGAUGAUAACAUGCUUAGGAGUCCGGAGUCUGAUGAAGACGAUGAUGGUAAUGAUGGUGGUGACCACGCUGAUGGAGCUGAGGAGGAUGCCGGCCAGAGGACGAACCAAGCCGAUGAAGUAGCUUAGUCUUUGUUUUUUGUUGUCUAACUUUAGUGGCCGUAGUGCCCAACGAUAUGUAACGGCCGAAGUGCCCUCUUUCUGUAUUUUUUAAGGGCUUAUUAAUGGUAACUCUUUUUGCCAUCA